AUGGUGACACACUAACCUGAUGUCGUCGGGAAACACCAGUCCAUUGGUGAAAUUAUCACUACCUUUGCAAUAUCAACAAGAUGUCUUCCAGGAGCUUCGGGCGGAAGACAAGCUGGUCAUCCUGGCUCAGGGACUGGGGCUCUUGCGCAUUGUGACAAAUCUUUUGCAUGCAUAUGAUGCUGCAGGGAACAACUUAGUUCUCGUGAUUGGUGCAAACGACCGUGAAAAUGAGUGGAUUGGUGAAGCCCUGGCAGAACAUUAUGCAGUCAGUAAGACUCCAUUGGCAAGAGGUCUCAAGGUCAUCAAUACAGACAAAGCCACGGUUUCUAUGAGACAGAAGCUUUAUGCUCAAGGUGGUAUAUUGAGUGUGACCUCACGGAUUUUGAUUGUUGACUUGCUAUCAAAACUCCUGGACCCGGAAACCAUUACAGGAAUGGUCAUCCUACAUGCGGAAAGGGUAAUUUCAACUUCUCUGGAAGCUUUUAUUAUCAGAGUGUAUCGCCAGUUCAAUAAAGCUGGGUUUUUAAAGGCAUUUUCAGACACUCCUGAGCCUUUCACAACUGGGUUCUCACCAUUGGCUAACAUGCUCCGGAAUUUGUUUCUUCAAAAAUCUUCUCUGUGGCCUCGCUUUCAGGUUACCGUUGCUGAAUCGCUUGAGGGCCGCAAAAGAGCGGAAGUUAUUGAACUCGAGAUUCCAAUGACAGACAAGAUGAGAGAGAUUCAAAAUGCGGUUCUAGAAUGUGUUGAAGUCAGCAUAAGAGAACUUAAAAAGUCUAAUCCAGUUCUCGACAUCGACGAUUGGAAUGUAGAAAGUGCCUUGCAAAAGAAUUUUGAUGUUGUGAUCCAACGGCAGUUGGACCCAAAUUGGCAUCGCGUCAGCGUAAAGACCAAGCAGAUCGUUAGUGAUUUAACCAUUUUGAAGAAUAUCUUGCAUCUUCUUCUCACGGAUGACGCCGUGUCACUUAUCAAGUAUAUUGACACCGUGAUAGCAGCUCAUUCCCCUCCGCCUGGGUAUACGAAGCAGACGUAUUCUCCAUGGCUUUAUCUUGAAGCUGCCCAUGUCCUCCUUCAAACCGCCAGAUCUCGAGUUUAUCGUGGCAAAUUUGAUACCCGAGCUAAACUUUCAGAUCCGUUGUCAAAGAUACCCGCUUCUUUAGAACCUGUUCUUGAAGAGCAGCCAAAAUGGUCAGUUCUUGUGGAUGUGCUAAACGAAAUUGAUCGUGAUUUAUACCUAGACCCAAGACCGAGCGAUGAUUCAAAUCGUACGAUUCUCAUCAUGUGUAGUGAUCGCAAGGCAUGCCGGCAAGUACGUGAGUAUCUUCAUACCAUGUAUGUUAGAGUCUACGCAGCGAAAGAAGAUCAAUCCAGGGUUGAGGAUUCUCCAGAAGAUAUGGAAAGCUGUCCAUCAGCCGAAUUCAUGAUGCGAAGAAAGCUUCGUGACUACAUAUCAUGGAAGAGGGAUUUUGCCAAAGUCCGGAAUAGUCUUUACGGCAUAAACGCGAAACAAAGCCAGCCAAUAGAAGUGCCAGGGUAUACUUCUGCCACCAAAGACAGGAAACCUGAAAGAGCACCACGAAACAAAAGACGAAGGGUAAGGGGCAGCAGCACUGCAGCCUCAAACUCUGGCAGAGCUCCGAACUCUACAGUCCAAGAAGAAACGGAUGAUACAACCCAGGUAUCCACCCUUCUUGAUGGGGCUCUUCAGCCUACUAAGCCCGAAGAAGCUGAGAAAGAGGAUACUGUCGUUGAUGAGCUGCAUGACAUGGAUGACUAUUACGAGCUUCUCGACAUGGAGGAUUUAGUCAUCAUCCACGCGUAUGAUGGAGACAUGGAUGAGCAUAUCCUGGAAGAAGCGAGGCCGAGGUAUAUCGUCAUGUAUGAACCGGAUGCAGCGUUCAUUCGCAGAGUAGAAGUAUAUCGCAGUUCCCACACGGACAGAAAUGUACGGGUAUACUUCAUGUAUUAUGGGGGCUCUGUCGAAGAGCAACGUUAUUUAAGUGCUGUGAGGCGUGAGAAGGAUGCUUUUACAAAACUCAUCAAGGAAAAAGGGUCUAUGGCCAUGAGCCUCACACACGAUAAAAACCUUGAAGAUCCCCAGGAACAAUUUCUUCGCACCGUGAAUACCCGUAUUGCUGGUGGCGGUCGCCUGGCUGCUACUGCGGCUCCACCGACGGUUGUCGUUGAUGUUCGAGAAUUCAGGAGCCCGCUCGCAUCACUGCUUCAUGGCCAUAGCAUGGUCUUAGUUCCCUGCCAGUUGACCGUCGGCGACUACAUCCUCAGUCCAGACAUCUGCGUUGAACGAAAAUCUAUUCGCGACUUGAUUAGCUCGUUGAAAACCGGCCGACUAUACAACCAAGCUGAAACUAUGCUUCAGUACUACAAAACCCCCGUACUCCUAAUUGAAUUCGAUCAAAACAAGUCAUUCACAUUUGAUGCUUUUACGUCAUCAACAGCGCCCAGUGCUUUCGUUGCUGACAAUCCCACCUCGUUCUCCGCGCCCUCUUUCUCAUCUGGAAACAUUAUCAACCCCACCAACCCAAGAUCCACUCAACAUCUCCUCGUUCUCCUUACUCUUGCCUUUCCCCGCUUGAAAGUGAUUUGGUCCUCCUCCCCUCAUCAGACCGCGGAGAUAUUCACUGAGCUGAAAAAGAACGAUCCGGAGCCAGAUCCCAUUCGAGCGGUCCAAAUCGGGUUGGAUUUUGAUAUUUCCGGCGAUCCAUCCGCCUCAGGACCCAAAGCACUGAUGGCUGCAGCCGGGGUCGAGUAUCGAAUGUUCAAUCAAUUACCACAAGACAUGCUGGGAACGGUGCCUGGGUUAACACCUCAUGGAGUGGAGGGUUUGAUGCUAAGAACGAGUAAUAUCCACGAAAUUGCUAAUAUGGAGGUGGAGGAGCUGAAAGAGAUAGUUGGCUUACAAGAGGCCAAGAUGAUUGUCAAAUUCUUUCGGCGAAGUGUUUUUGAUGACGAGCCAGGGGAGAAGCUGUGA